UUAAACAUUCAAGCAAUGCAUCCCUUACUGCAAUGGCUGAAAGCAAAGUACCAAAUACAACCUCCUCCUCCAUCUCUCCUCACACACACAUACAGACACAAUAGCAGGAGCAAUCCAUGGCAAGAAGAUGUUCUUACCCUGUUGUCAUCCUUCCAAGAGGCCAGACCAAGAAGAACAUGCCAAGAGCUUCCAUGCUGCACAACAGCCGCACACAACACACCAGAGCAUCAACUUCUUUAUGCAAAUCUUUCACAGCCAACAAGGUUUUUGAAGACCAAGCAAUGGGAAUACUCUGCUACAUAGAUGAAAAGGAAGAAGUAAUCUGCGAGGGGUACGAUGAAGGCCCACGAUUUAGUCAAUGUUCAUCAAACAACACAGAUCACCAAAGGUGCAGAGACCAUCAGAUUCCUGAUUUCCAACAACUAAUAAAGCUUCAAAUUGCCAAAGAUGAUGAUUUUUACCAAAUCAUUCAUGAACAAAACUAGCAUUUGAAUAUGAAGAUAGAUUUGAGUGUCAUAGAAGAAUGGACAAUAAGUAAAUGGGAAUGCUAGAAUGGAAAAGCAGCAUCUAUGUUAAGGUAUCUCAAUCUUGUGUCUUCGUAUUGUAAAGAUGGAUGAUUUGCAAGACAUACAAGUUUCAAAAUGAAAAGCUGGUUUUGAUUG